GGGRGUUACAUUUGAAAUGAAAGCCACAGUGUACAUAGAUCCUGGGAAUUAUGAUAGGUGUUAUCGAAAGGAAAAAUAUGUCCUUAGAGGCGAGCCAAUGAAUGGAAAGCCCACUCAAUGAAUAUUCAUUUUUACAACCAAAUUAAGUUCCUCAUUAUUCUGUUGAUCAACAUCUAUUUUUUUCGUUGAUGGCAUCUCGACUUCAAUCUUCUUGCUGUAGACGACUUUGGGUCGAUAUGUAAUGCCCUGAAGAAUAGAAAUGCUUAUCUUUCUUUACUAAACAAGAAUAUAGAUUCUGCUGAGCUUCAAAGGGAGCAGUUUCGAGCUGGUUGACGUGUUAACUCCAGAAAACGAUAAGUGAAAUUCAAUGGCUAUGCAAGACCUGUUAGUGUUUUGCAUAUUACUUGAUCAUUUGCAAUGGUAAGCUCUUAUACAGCUCUCUUGGUGAUCGUCGGAGUAGCAAGUGCACUUGCAGCGGCCUUUAUCAUAGUGCUUUGCAAGUGCUUAUGGGUAUGGUGUCGCUACAGACGUCACAGAUCCCAUCCACCGAAAGAUUACCAAACAUACUCCGUCACGUCAAGAACAAAAUGGCCGUCUGAAUAUACGUACCAGACUUAUGAAAACAUACACUCUGACGUGGAUAGCAUAGAUAGUGAGGAACCUUAUAUUAUUGAGACCCCAGGAGAUCUCGGGAAGGUGCAGAUGGAGGUGGAUUAUAACUCUGAACACGAUGUUCUUGUGGUUGGGCUGGUACAAGCUAAAGGGAUCAUAUGUAAGACUAAUGUUCAAACAGCUCAGGUGUACCCAGUUGCUCAAAUCUACGAUCUCGAAGACACAUUACUCGACGAAAGAAAAGUCGAGAAACAGCCCAUGUCAUUCAAUCCGCAAUGGAACGACGAGCUUCUGUUUGCACUGAACGGACGGGCUACAGACUCGCUACAAGUCGUAAUCAGAAUACUCGAGCUGGACUCGUUUUCAAAUGAACAUGUCAUUGGACAAAUAAAAAUGCCGGUAACCGAGAUGAACGUUGGUACACCUGGCUCUGUGUGGUACGAUUUGACGGAUAUCAAUAAGAUUGAAUGCGAAUAUGUCGGCGACAUUCUUCUAUCAUUAAACUAUUUCCCGACCACCCAAAGAUUGACCAUAGUUGUACUCAAAGCAAGRCAACUCAAAAUCGAGUCAACGACUGGUUUAUGGGGCCCUCUAGUAAAAGUCUUCUUUAACGUCAACAAAAAACGGGUAGGUCGCAAGCGCACUGCCAUGCAAAAGAAGACUUUCAACCCAGUCUACAACGAGGCCUUUGCAUUCAAAGUGUCCCAGGAUGCAUUGCCUAAGAUCACAUUCCGGGUCCUUGUGAUCAACAAGACAUCACACGGACAAGAUGAGGUCAUCGGUCAUGUGACGCUAGGCCAGCAUGUUGUCGGAAGUGGUUUCUCGCAUUGGAGUCACAUGUUAACAACGCUACGUAAGCCGGUUGCCAUGUGGCAUCCCAUAAUACCAGUCACGUGACUAGAAAAUGUCACGUGAUGCCAAGCUUAYCACUUUAUAUAUUUAACUUAUUUUGCAAUUUAGAUAAAAUAAGGGUAUAAUUUUUGGUAUGAGGGGAGGGGGCAGAGAAGGGUUUGGUUGGGCGAAAACCGAGGUCUCUUAAGGUUAAAAUCAUGAAUAUCCUGAUCCGUGCGCCUUCAUGUAGCGUCGUAUCAUGGUUCUUUGUCAAAUAGUAUAUAUGGUAUCUUAGCGCUGCCAAAUAUUUCUGGGAUGCAUAUAAUAAUUUGGUUUCAUGAGGGAUACGUAGUUAAAUAUCAUUGAGAAAUAACAUCGUAUUUUAGCUGCAAAAUAUCUGCAAGAUAUAACACUUUUGCAUAGUCAUCAUAGUCAGUUUGAAGUCUCUCUUACUAAUAAAUAAUUACGAUGAACCUCUUUAAAUUGGGGCGUAAUGU